GUCUUCCUCCAUGUCUACGACGUGUCGCAGGAGGAGGGCAUCCAGAAGAUCAACCGCGUGCUGGCACACAAGCACUCCCCACUAAAGUUUGGGGGAGUCUUCCAUGCCGGCGUCGAAGUGAACGGCCUCGAGUGGUGUUUUGGCUACUCUGGGAGCGAGACUCACCCGGGCGUGGCCUGUGUGGAGCCGAGGGGACAUCCGCAGCAUCACUACCGUCAGACGGUGGCCAUGGGCUACACUCGCCUCAGCGGCGAAGAGGUCGCAGACAUCGUCACCCAGCUCCUGGAGGAAUAUCCCGGCCAGGACUACGACCUUCUGCGCCGGAACUGCUGCCACUUCGCUGACGACUUUGCGCGUCGCCUGGGCGUUGGGGGCAUCCCUGGCUGGGUCAUGCGCCUAGCCAAGGUCGGUGCAGGGGUGGAAGCCAUGAUAGCGUCGGCGCCCAAGCCCAUCCGGCAGCGCUUCGGAUUUCUGACAGGGGAGGAAGACUCGGAUUGA